ACUCUUUCAGGCGCUUUGCGAAGUCCAAAUACCAAAACUUGAAACCUAGAAACAAAAUAAGCAUUUUUCCGAAAAUCCUAUAAACCCUUGAUCUGUUUCUCACUGAGAUUGUUCAAAACUGCAAGCCAUGGGUUCUGAAUGAUGCAGGUUGCAAGAGGAGGACGUAUUUUCUGCCCCAAGAACUGCGCUUCUUUCUCCCCUUCCACAAGCAAAACUGCUUUUGCUGAGGGAAGAAAUGGUGUCUGGGUUUCAAAUUUUCAGCGGCGGGGAAGAUCACAAGCUGCUUCUGUUCCUUCUGACACCCCAAAUCCUCAGAACGCUCGGAAAAGGGUCCCCAAGAAAGAAAGAUAUGCUAUGGUCGCGUCUUUUGUGAGCAAAUAUAAAUUGAAUCAUGCAGGGAAAUUCCCAACUGUAUCUGUUGUCCAAAAAGAAGUGGGUGGCAGUUACUAUAUCAUUAGAAAGCUGGUUCAGGAGUUAGAAUAUAAAUCUAAAUUAUGUUCCUCAGAUAACAAGACUGAAAAGUUAUCUGAAAAGGAGGUCCCUAAAGAGGUUGAGUCUUUGGCUGAAGGUGAAGGUGAAGUGGUCUCACCUGCAGUAGGAAUCCAAGAUGGCUCUCAAACGGUAGCUAUGGGCAACCAACUAGAAGCUGAGGGAGAGUUGAAGGUUGAGAUGACCUUAUCUCAAGAGCUUGUAAAGCUACACUCAUCAGAUGGUAAUGAUUUUGUUUUAGAAGAAAGUAAGCUGUUGAAAGGAGAUGAGGGGACUUUUGAGAAAUCAAAGAACAAUACAAGAGAGGAUUUCCAGAAAGCUUCUGACAAUCUUCUUGAAGUACCAGAGGAUGGUAAACUUGAGGAGAUUGAGGGUAUUCCUCUUCAGGAUGUCCUGGAACAGGAUUUGGAUACUUUUAGCCCAGAAAUUCGUCAUCUUAAAGAAAAAGUGGAGAAACCUUCUGAUCAACAUCUUGAAAUGACAGUGGAUGGUAAAGAAGAGGAGAUUCAUGGUGCUCAAGCUAAAAUUAGUGCAGUAAAAAGUCAACCAAAAGAAGAGACUGAGUUAGAAGAUUCUGAGGAAGACAAAAAGCUGGAGAUAGUUUCUCAAAACUUGCUGGACUCAGAUGGACCAGAGAUCAAAGUUAAGAAAAACCAACAGUCUAUGGAAGAUGAAAAAUCUGUAAAGAACAUUUCUAGCCAGCAAACAAAUGAUGCAAAACUGAAAAAUUCAACCUUGUGGGAAGAUCUGAAGUCAUUAGCAGAUAGGUUUGUUAAUAUGUGGAAAAAGUUCUAAAUCUGUCCUUUUGCAUUUUUAUUUCUUCCAAUACUAUGCUAUUCAUAUAGAAUAUGCCUGAUCUUGAGGCUUAAGAUCAUUCUUUCCCUUACCAUUAUCAGAUGCUUAGCUCAUAACUCUUUGGUAUCAUUGUUACAGUCUAUUCAUAUAGAAUAUGCCUGUUUCUUUUAGUAUUCCCAACCUUUUUAUUUAACAUGCAUUUCCAUUUUGAAUAAUUGACUUUGAGUGCCAUGUAUCAUUUGGACAUUGUGAAAAUGGAGCUUCUAUACAUUUCA